UAUUAUUUUCUUGUGGCACAUGUUAGGUGAUUCGAAAUCCAAAUUAUCGUUCAAAAGAAAGUUAAAUCAUUAGUAUUUAAUACGAGGAUUAUCUAAUAUACGAUUAGUUACUACGGAUCCAAGGUGUCCCUAGUAUAUAUAGAAUACCAAUUGGCAAAGACACUAAAAUAACUUGCUGUCGCAUUUUUCUUAUAAGAAGACAAACUAAGAGCUGAUGGAGGGUGAUUUUCCCAUAGAACAUACUCCACUGGAUUUUGACCAGGUGGUGAUCAUGGUGCAGUGGAGGUUCUAAAGUUAAGUUGAUCUGAGCUUGCACAUUUGCAAGAGCUAAAGGAGAAUUUUUUUUCAAAAAAAAUGUAAACUGUUGAUGAAGCACCAGUACAGAUUCUGAAAGCAUAGUACAAUUAUCCAGGAAAGUAAAGAAAUGGUUCUGGAAAGUGGAAAUAAACGAUUUUUUAAGUGUUGUAAACAUAUUUUAAAUCACUUGUGGCAGAAACAGCAUGAUAGUUUUUUAUUAGUUGCCCAUUCUACAAACAAGGACUUUUCUUGGGUAAGAUAUUCUAGUACCCUUAGUAAACUUUCUGAAACUAUUCAGAAUGUUCGUGUAAGAUUUGCACCUAGCCCAACUGGCCAGUUACAUCUUGGUGGACUUCGAACUGCUCUUUACAAUUAUUUGUUUGCAAAGAAACAUAAAGGAAUGUUCAUUCUCCGAAUUGAAGACACUGAUCAGACACGUUUGGUACCUGGAGCUGUGGAACAGCUGGAAAAUAUGUUGAGUUGGACAGGUAUAAGACCUGAUGAAGGCCCAUCUUCUGGUGGACAUCAUGGUCCUUAUGUACAGUCUCAAAGGCUGAGUUUAUAUAAAGAGAAAGCUAAAGAUCUUCUUGAGAAUGGUACAGCUUAUAGAUGUUUUUGUACGGAAAGUCGUUUGAAGCUACUUCGGAAAGAAGCAUUAAGACUUAGAGAGAUUCCAAAAUAUGACAAUAGAUGUCGGGGAUUAUCAACUGAGGAAAUUCAAGCAAGAUUAAAAGAAAACCAACCAUAUGUAGUGAGAUUUAAGCUAGAAGAUGGGCCUCUGACAUUUCUUGACCAAAUAUAUGGACCAAUAACCUUGAAUAUUUCUGAAACUGAGGGAGAUCCAGUUAUAAUAAAAAGUGAUGGCUACCCAACAUACCAUUUAGCUUGUGUUGUUGAUGACUAUUCAAUGGAGAUCUCUCAUGUUUUGCGUGGCGUAGAAUGGCAGGUGUCUACACCAAAGCAUCUGAUGAUGUAUCAAGCCUUUGGUUGGACACCUCCAGUCUUUGCUCACCUUCCACUUCUCUUAAACAGAGAUGGGACCAAAUUAUCGAAGAGACAAGGAGAUAUUCAUGUUGAGAAUUUCAAGAAUGAAGGUUACUUCCCAGAAGCAGUGAUAAACUUUAUUGUUAACAUUGGUGGUGGAUUUGGAAAGCACCAAAGGAAGCUGUUUCCAAUUGAGGAAUUAAUCGUAAAGUUUAAUUUGGAAAAGGUGAAUGUAAAUUCAUGUCGAAUAGAAGUAGAGAAGAUGAAAGACUAUAAUCGCCAGCAUCUUCAACACAUAAUGGAAGAUGAGAACAAUCUCCAGGAUUUGGUGAAUCAACUGAAAAAUUUAGUACUAGAAAAAUUUACAGAAAAGAGUCAUACUGAUUUGUCUGACAAGCAUCUGAAGAAGAUACUUCUCUUGAAUAAGGAUCGUAUGGACUCCAUUUAUGAUCUUUUGUCUCCUCAUAUGAAUUACCUUUGGGUUACACCAACAGUAAAUGCAGAAAUUUUUAGAGAACUUGGAACAGACAGUGAAAAAGUUGUACCAAUGCUUCUGUCAAGACUCGAGCUUCUUAAAGAGUCAGAAUUUACAAGACAAGAACUUACUUCUGUUCUGAAAGAUGUGAGCAACCAGAUUGGACUGAAAUAUAACCUAUAUAUGAAGUUUCUUCGAUCAGUUCUCAGUAAUUUAAAGGAGGGUCCUGCUGUUGUAGAAAUGAUGGAAAUGUUAGGAAAAGAGACCUGUAUCUUACGCCUACAAGAUGUACUUGGUGUUGCAAGAGAAAACAACAAGAAGCAUUCAUACCAUGGUCCUGAUUAAAAAAAUAAAACAUGUAGAGAUGACAAACUGACAUGAUGGAUAUACUUAGAAUAAGAUACAUAGUAUUGAUAUAAUAUAAUCAUUGAUCAUCAGAUAGUUGUGAGAUAACAAACACAAUGCACUGAAAUUAGUUAAUGUCUGUUUGUCCAAAGACAGGAGGAUGCUACUGUUAUGGAAAUUAUGGAGCUUGUUAUUAAAUCAUUUCCAAACUCUUUGUGACUUUUAAACAAAAGUAUAGAUACUAAUGGAAAGUUACUAUUCUCUAGGCUGGUAGUUAAACUUGAAUAUUUUGACAUGGUUUCUUCUAGUUAAUAAAAAAACAUCAUCUGUAGAUAAUGUUUUAAAUGUUGCAAUUAAAUUAAUAUAAUUAUUUUUCACACUCCAAUUGUAUUACAUUCAGUGUAAUUUUGUAUAUUACUUUCUUAGUGCGUACACCUCUUUUAAAGGUUAAAAUAAAUAAUUUGUAAUAAAAUGCUUGUUUACAAACAAAUUACAGGCAAACACUAUCAAGAACUGGUUUAUUGUUAUUUUAAAAAAGAAAUACAGGGAAUCUUGUACAUAUUUGUAUUGGUCACUGGCAGAUUUAAGGGGCCUAUAAAGACCUACUCAAACUCCCUUGGCUCUGCUGUAGUACAAGACAUUGAAAAGGAGAAAAGCCAAUCAAAUUUUUUUUCAUCGUGUUGGCCUAUAUGAAAAUAUUCAUUAUUGCUUCUGCAACCUUUUACCAAUAAUUUUCUCUCUUCCUGUUGAUAUAUCCUGAAGUUUGUAUUUUCUUGUUAGAUAACUUGCAGUGACAAAUAUUUAUAAAUAAAUAAUGAAAUGAAAUGUAGUCCUUAUGCAGUGUUUACUGAAGAGAGAACUGCUUACUAACAGCUAAAGCUGCUAUCUCUUAAUGAGUUUAAGAGUUGCAAUGUCUAUUGAAUUCAGUAGAAACAAUGCAACUCUGACCACUUUACAUCUAAUAUAAAUUUAACAUUUAAUUUCAUGCAUCCCCCCUAAUGGCCUGGAUUUAUCAAUGCUGUUCAUCAUUAUAUGGUAUAUUAUUUAAAGCAAUAUGUGUAUUUCACUUAGUCAUGAGUUUUAAAUUUAGAGUUAAAUUUUAUAACCAUGUAUCAUUGUUAUCACUGAAGCAAAGAAUGUGAUAUUGCCUAUUCAUUUGCAUUAAAUUUUAGCUUCGGUUGUCCAUAAGUCAUGCCUUUAAUAUGAAAAGAACUCAUGAAAUUGUAUAGAUCCAUAAAGUUUGAUGCUUGUUGUAAGUCGCAUACCUCAAUAUGUCAUCCACAUUACACAGACAACAUACAUGUAUUUCAUAGUGAUGUAUUACAUGUGAUGUUACACUUGCAUUGGAAUUCUUCAUCAAAUCAAAAUGAUAUUUCUGUAUUGUUGCAUCAAAUUUAAGGACAAUAAGGGAUUUUUUGGUCCAUCUAGGCCAUCCAAUUUAUUAAACUGAACUUUAAAGUACAAACUUCAACCCAGACCUCCUCAUUCACAUAUUUACCAAGUGUUCUCAUAAACUCCCUUAAACUUAUUGCAUCCACUACAUCUGAAGACAACCUAUUUCAGACACAAACUAUCUUAGCUGAAGAUGACUCCUACUCUGCCAAAAUUUAUACAUGUGUUCCCUAGUCCUACAGUUCUUAGAAUUAAAUAUGAAAAACAAUGAUGAAUCAAGUUUCCUUAAAUAUCUUAAACACUUCAAUCGGAUCCCCUUCAACUCUUCUUUUUUUUAAAUAAAACAAUUUUAGAUAUCUUAAUUUGUCUUGGUAUGACUACCUUUCCAUCCCAGAUAUAAUUUUAGUAGCCCUUCUCUGAUUCCCUUUUAACAAUUAAAUUGCCUUCCUAAGUUAAAGAGCCCAAGGCUGAACAUAAUAAUUAGUAACCUGCACAAUGAAAUUAUAACCUCUUUAGGCUUAUAUUUAAUGUUUUUGUAGACACGACAUAAAAUCCUAUUUGCCUUCUGUUCAUGCACCACUAGUAAUAACACAUUGCUUGGAUGGCUUAAAACACUGGUCACAAAGAACACCAAUAUCAUUUCAUAAGUUAUCCCUAUCAAAAUUUAAGUUAUAAAUUAUGAUAAUCCAUAUGCAUCACCUUGCAUUUAUUACAGUUAAAAUCCAUUUGCCAUUUAUUUGUCCAACUCACCAAAUAAUCUAAAUCCUUUUGUAAGGCAUCCUUCUCACAGCCAGCAACACCCAAGACCUUAAUAUCAUCAACAAAUUUAAAUUAUCUUUUGACCAUUUUUCAUCUAUGUCAUUGAUGCAAAUCAAAAGAGUAAAGGUCCUAACACUGGCUCUGAGGUACCCACUUAUAACAGUAAUCCAUUUUGGCUGAACUUCAUUUACAACAACACUUUGCUUUCUUUCAUCCAGUCAUUUUUGUAUCUAAUGUGUCAAGUUACCCCACACCUAUAGAGAUAUUAGUUUUAACAAAUCUUUUUGUGCUAAAUACUUUCUGAAAAUCCAGAUGAACCAAAUCCACACUCACACCUUCGAUACAUAAGCAGUAAACUCUUUAAAGAAUGUCAAAAGAUUAGUAAGGACAGAUUUUUCCCUAUUGAAACCAUGUGGGCUAUCCAAUGAAAUUUUGUACUUUGUUAAACAAGUUUGCUAAGCAUGUGUUUUAUCAGACCUUCAAAAACUUUUCCAACCUAUGAUGUCAAACUAAUAGGUGUAUAAUUAAUGGAACAAUUUUUGUCACCUCUCUUGCAAAGAAGAAUAACAUUAGCCAACUUCUAAUCUUCUGGCACUUGUCUACUAUUCAAAGACUU